GAGAAUUGUAAGCGUGACAAAAACAACAAAGCCAAGGCGCAUUUCACAAUAAUUAAAUGUUUUUCGAUCAAUUGCGGCGCGUUUAACCCAUCGAAAGCGAUCGCGAUGCGUGAUCCGUGGACCCAGUGACCGGACCCGACGACCAGUGAACGUGAAGCGCCAGCGGCGCGGCGAACAAAGACAAAAUACGGCGAGCGAAAACGCCGACCGCAUAACCUGUACGUGUACGCAAGGCAAGGCGAAUGGAGGGCGGCAAGGGCAGCGGGAAGCGGAUGAAGGAGGAGGCGCCAAGCAAGAAGUUGCCGCCUAAAAUCUACAGCGGCGAUGCGGGCACCCCCACGAAGGCGGCCCACGACGAGAUCCUCAGCUCGCUGCUGCGGAUCAACAACUUCGACUCCAUAUCGAGCAUCAAGGACGAGUCGCUGGACAUCGAUCUGUCGGCCUGCGUGACCAUCAGUUCCGCCAGCCUGGUCAACGGCAAUAGUCUCUCCUCAACGGACUUCUGGCGCGUUCUGGACGAGAGCGCCCAGAACAACACCGAGCUGAAUCUCUCCUCGGACGUCUGUCGCGAUGAUCUGGCGGCCACCGGCUCCUCGGCCGUGCCCAGCAGCUUGGCCAGUGAUAACCACUCAAGCUCCGAGUUUAGUGUGACAUUCCUGCGGCCCGAGCCGCCGAAUGCCUUCACCAAUUCGCCCUUCAAAAAGACCUCCUCCAGCGGCACCUCCACGCCCGUAAAGCUAUCGCCCGAGCAACUGCAUCAGCAGCAUCCCCUCCAAAUGCCCCAGGCUCAGUUGCUUCAACGCAAGCCCAAGCUGCCGGCGGCAACGGCGGUGCGCCUGAAGGUCUUCAAAGAGGAGCCGCCCGAAGAGAAGCAUCCGCCAGAUCAGGUCGUCACCAAAGUGGAAGUGUGCGAGCCCGAGUUUCAGCCUCCCUCUUUCUACAUGUUCCAGCAGGCCAAGUCGGCGGAGGCGGUGGCGGUGGCCGAUGCGGUCAGUAUGCCACCGCCAGCAGCUUCGGAGUCAAAGCCUUUCGAGGUGGAUCCUGCUCCGCUGCACAAGUGCCUCGACUGCAACGGACUGCUGCUGGAGACGCCCGACGAGGUGGCCAAGCACGAGGCGGCUGCCCACCGGCUGAGGCUCACCUAUCGCUGCAGCGAGUGCCAGCGGGAGUUCGAGGUGCUGGCCGGAUUGAAGAAGCACCUGAAAACGCAUCGAACCGAGGGACGCAAAGACACUUGGAAGAAAUGUCCCGAUUGCGGGAAGUGCCUCAAAUUGGGCAGCAUGUGGAUGCACCGAAAGAUCCACAGCGAUAACAAGAAGUACCAGUGCGACAUCUGCGGUCAGAAGUUUGUGCAGAAAAUAAACCUGACGCACCACGCACGGAUUCACUCAUCGGAGAAGCCGUACGAGUGCCCCGAGUGUCAGAAGCGGUUCCAGGAGCGCUCCCAUCUGCAGCGUCACCAAAAGUACCAUGCGCAAACGCGUUCCUAUCGAUGCGAGAAGUGCGGAAAGAUGUACAAGACGGAGCGCUGCCUGAAGGUCCACAACCUGGUGCAUCUGGAGCAGCGACCCUUCGCGUGCACCGUCUGCGACAAGAGCUUCAUCAGCAACUCGAAGCUCAAGCAGCACUCCAACAUACACACCGGUAUGCGGCCCUUCAAGUGCAACUACUGUCCGCGUGACUUUACCAACUUCCCCAACUGGCUGAAGCACACGAGACGCCGGCACAAGGUGGACCACAAGACGGGCGAACACCUCGAGAACAUUCCCUCCUACUGCUCAAAGAAGUCUACCACCAGCAAGGCCCAAAAGGCAGCCGCGGCAGCAGCAGCGGCGGCGGCAGCUACUGCAGCAGCGAAUCCCAACGAUCUUGCCGCAUCUGGAGAACUGAAAGUCAAGCCGAAUCUUACACCUGCAGCCGCGCCGGCUCCCGCAAAGCAAGCACGGAAAAAGAAGCAACCGCAGCAGGCCACUCUUGCCGCAUUGGGGAUCACUCUGCCAGCGGGUACUGCCCUGCAGCAGGUGCAUCCCGUGCCGUCAACGCAAUCGCAUCAGCAGGAGUUAUCCACCGUACUGGUACCUCUGCCUCCGCCAGCACCUAAGCAGACCAAAGUCAAGCGAGAACGCAAGCAGCUGGCGCCCAAGCAAUUGCAACAAAAGCCACAGCUCCUUCAGCAGGCUCAGGUGCAACAAUCCAGUCUGGAGCCCAUUGCUGCAGUGCCGCAAAUCAAGAAGGAGCCAGCGCAAAACCAAGGACCGUUCCUUGACUUGCACGGUCUCAGCCUGACCUCAGCAGAAGAGCUGAUCAUGGAGCAGGCCCUGGAGAUGGAGGAAUGUGGUCUGUACGAUGCACCUAAUGCGAACACGGAAAUGGGGACGUCGGACAACGCCAUCUCAGAUUCGGCCGCAGCCCUGCACUUCCAGAUAAAAAAUGAACUGCCGGACGAACUGUUGCCGGACGAUGAUUUUAUGCCUUGCAAGCCCAGCGACCGCCUCGCUUGCCCCUCACUGGAGUCCUCACCGUUCUCUUCGCCCGCCUCCAUGGAGUUGACCGCCGUCUCUGCAUCCAGUGCCGCCACAUCGGCCCAAGCAUUACCGGUGCGAUCUGGGAACUACUACCUGCCCGCCUUUACGCUGAACGCGCAUGGCAAGCUAAGCAGUACCGGCAAUGCGAUGCAGUCUGUGACGACGAGUUUGACUCAUUCACCCUCUGUGUCCAUGGUGAACGUGCCGCUGCUGGUGCGAUCCAAUCAGAUGCUGCCCUCGGUAGACACGCUACUCUUCACCAACCAGACCGGCGGCAGUCGAUUCUUUGCGGGAAAAUCAGCGACAGCGGCGACGCCGCAUCUGACAUGAUCGGCCGGCGGCGUCGUCUGCUGCCCGCCAACAUGAACGCCUCAACGAUCUCCUGUGUCUUAGUUUAGUAGCAGUGUCCACAAUGUUGCGCACGCGCAAUCGGGCGGUCGCUGACCGCUGGCAAUCGUUUAAAAGAAAUCGGAUUAUAGUCCGUAGGUAAUUAAGAGUAUGACGCUACAUUUGUUUAAGUAAUUGACCUAAGCUGAUUUCUGCAUAGUCCGUAAGUGCAUUUGAGUGUAUAUAUCUUUAAUCUUUAAUUUGUACGCUUCACACCAAUAAUAAAUUUCGUACAUAUUUUAGUAA